AACAAAAUUGGUUUUACUCAGACUUUAUAUUCUUCUAUCACCCUAUCACUUGCUAUAUAUACGAAACCAAUCUCAGAAAACAAAGUCUAACACUCAACAAAAUCAUGAACAUGACUGCCACUGAUAAUGAUCAGUGCAUGCAGUUUGAUCAGCAAUUUCUGGUGGAUGAUCUUGAUCCAUUCAUAGAAGGUUUUAUGGGUUCAACCAUAUGCAUGUCAUCAUCAAAGAGCAUGAUGAGUCCAAGCAACUCAUCACACAAUAACAACACAACAAGUUCUGGCCACCAUUUAACUCCAAAGGGCUGUGCUUUCAAACCAGUUCGAAGGAGAUCUAGGGCUUCUAAGACCACUCCCAUUACCCUUCUGAAAGCCAACACCUCCAAUUUCAGGGCAUUGGUACAACAGUUCACUGGCUGUUCCACCACAACAGCCAUGUCACUUCCAAUCCAUAAGGGUCCCAUUACCCUAAAUUUCCAACAAGGUAGCAAACAACAGAUUCAUUAUCACACAACAAACAUAACUACACCAAUGCCCCAUGUUUCUCACCCACAACACCACUUGAUCAUGAGACAGCAACAAAGUGACCUUUGUGUUCCAACUUCUAAUGGAUUUGGCUUUGAUCAUGAUUUUAGUUUGCAUGAACUAACCCUGAAUGCCAUCUCCAAUGACAUCAUCCAAGGUUUGUUUGUGUGAUGAAAAUUAUGCAGAAGCAGAAGUAGACUCAUCUUCAGUCAACACCUCUAUGCAGAUGUUAUAUAUCAUAAAAUUAAGAAAUAGUUCAUGUUUAUUAGCCUGUAAUAAGCUUUAGUUUAUUCUAUCCAUUCACUUUCUUUAUUCUUUUUCUUUGUGUCCUUCAA